AUGCAAUACCUCCGCGACGCAGAGGACGACCACCUCGCAACAUCGUACAAACACGAAUUCCUCACGAGUUGUUUCCGUUUCCACGCCGAGGAGCCGGAGAUGGGGUAUGAUGAGUCGUUCAUAGCGGAAAGAUGGGAGAUGGUUCGCGAGGAGGUGCGCGAGUGUGAUAAGCAGGCUAGUAGGGAACUGGGUGAGAUACUGGGUGCGGAUAUGAGUUUGAUUGAUCGACACUUUGAGAUUUCCAGGGAUGUAGAGGAUUAUGUACCGCUCUUGGGGUAUGAAGAUGUCCUUGAGCACUUUUCUCUUGAGUUCCUUGCGCAGGCUUAUAAUCGUAAACUCGCAGCCCAAGAAGCAGAAAUCGAAGUGGAGGAUUCUAGACGAGCCCUCACCGCGUUGCAGGACCUGAAUAAGAACGCUCAACGAGCGCGUCAGAACACCUACUCCCAAUUUCAAACCCUCUUCUUCACUUCCCCUCCCCGACACCCCCGCCGAAACUCUAGCCCUCGCCCGCCACCUCCGCGCCCAAUCCACCCUCCGCACCCUUACCAACGCCCACACCCAAGACCUCAACCCCUUCCACCUCGUGCGCCNGAAACUCUAGCCCUCGCCCGCCACCUCCGCGCCCAAUCCACCCUCCGCACCCUUACCAACGCCCACACCCAAGACCUCAACCCCUUCCACCUCGUGCGCCAACUCCUCACCCUCCGCUCCCACGCCGCGGAGCAAGAAAAAGCCGCAGAACCAGCCUACCGCGACGCCCUCCUCGAGAACAUCGCUUUCCUCUCGCCGAAUGGGGUGGUUCCCUGGCCGGCCGCUGUCACGGACCCGCUUUCGAUGGAGGAAUUGGCGGGGAUUCUGGAGGCGAGGGAGAGGUUGUCUGAGGCGGAGUUUGUGCUGCAACAUGAGACUAUACCGGGGGGGACGGAGAGGGUCGAGGUGGAGGAGUGGGUUGAGGAGAGGAGGGAGGCGUUUUGGGGUUGUACUAGGGGGUUGUGGGAUAGGGGGGUGGAGGUGGAGAAUGAGAGGGUUGAGAGGGAGGGUGUGAGGUUGGGGAUGUUGUAGGGUGAUUGGAUGGAGAAGCUUGUGAGUGGCGCAAAGAAACGGUAGGUGGUGGACGUUAGUCUGACGCGUUUGAGAGGAAGUAAAGGUAAGUAGAUAAACUGACAAGUAAGUUUGUUCUUUUCUAUCUUUUCAGGUCACGUCAAUAUCCGAUUUUUGA